CCAUUGACUUUGACAUUCAUAAAAACUACCCAUCACAUUUUUCUCUGCAUUUUGAUUUCUCGCACGUAUUACGAACUCCCUGGUUGCAGUGUGUUUUUGUCCAAUAAAACUGAAGUAGAAAUGUCUUCUAAACUGAGCCGUCAACUACAACUUCCCGUCGGGGCGGGAGCAGCGGGCUUCCCCCUCAGUGGGAACCGGGUUGCCGUUGCGCACCGAGUGAUGCAGAAAGAGAGUUCAUCAAGCACACUCACAAGCUCUCGGUCCACCCCGAGUUCCUCCCACCCUUCCUCCGCGAGAGGUCCGCAGUAUUCGCAGAACGCGGGUGGAAGAAUGAAUCAUCUCCCGAACAUUAUCCGAGGCGAGGGAAGUAGUGGUUCUCACGACAUGCACGGCGAAGGUUCGAAUUCGAUCGGAUGCUUCGAUGUUGGCGGGGACAGUCAGGACAUCGAGAUCUUUCUGCGCUCCAAAUCCACGAAUGGCUCCGGCGGGGAAGUGGAUCAUGCUGAGAACGACGACGACGAUGCUAUUUCCGAUUUGGCGGAGCGACACGAGCACGAAGCGCUUCCGUUCAACGCAAAGGGCUCGCGCCGGCAGAAGAAGCGAGCGUCCGUCGAUUCCGAAGGUUUCGCGGUGUUCGACAAGGGUUUCGACCACGCGCAAUAUUGAGAGGAAAAAUCCCCCCUCCCCAUAUCGAAAACGAAAUUUGUGAUGCUGUAUUUGAGUACACAAAUCGACUUGUAAUGCUAGAAGGCCAAGAGACGCAGCUGUGGCCUCGUUUGCAGGCAAUUUGUCAUGCUGUUUCCCACUUCCAGCUGCCCCCUGUCAUGCUGAAGAUGCAAGGCUUUCCCACGCCAACCAGCACUACAGUCCGCAUAUUUUCCCUUCUAGCAUGACAAACCUGAUUUGUGGCCACAAAUCUGCAUCACAAAUUUCUAGUUUGAGUAUGGGGUGGGGGGAUUUUUCUUUUUGAUACGCAAACAAAAGAGUUCGUGGACGACUACGAACGCGGGCGGCGGCGAAGACACCGCUUUUCCAGUACGCACUCCGAUGGCGAGGAAAGCAAACACACGGCGGGCCUGUUCGCCGUUCUCGGGGCCAUGAAGCUGAAACAGCCCGCAGACACGGGGGCGCCGGAAGCGAGCCGCCCAAACGGGUUUGACUCGCAAAUGAAAAGCACCAGCAGUGCCGGGGUCGGUCUCCCCUCGGGUGUAGUAGUUCAACAGAUGGACCAGCAAAGCCUGGCGAGCGCGAAUCUUCAAAGUGGACUCACUCAAAGCAUGAAGCAAGAUUACGGGGACGCGGUCGGGGCCGCUGGCAGCAACACGUCUUUCGUGUUGAGGCCCUUGUCCAAAGAGGAAGAAGAAAGGCGCGCGAAGGGGUUCGCCAUGAUGACCAGUUCCGGCCACGAGGUGGGUCCGGGGCUGGGGUUGCUCGCGGAUCCCCGCAUCGUGAACAAGGAGGCCCUGGAGAAGAUGCAGAGCAUGAUGUCCUCGAGAAAAGGGUCGACAGUAGAAGAUAUGGAGCAACGGAUGGCCAGUAGGCACAGAAAAAAUCAAAAUAAGUGUUACAGGACUUACACAUCAUCGCGUUGCAGGCCAAGCAAGUUACUUAUGCUGUCAUGCCGGAUAUGCAUAUGCUAAUGCUUCAGGUAGUUUCAUACGUGUAGUUUUCAUUCCUUAUGAAGAUCUUUGCAUUGCAAGUUUUGGUUUUCACAACUCUCAUGCAGAGAAAACUUGUGUUUCUGUGUUGCUGAACAAAUUCCAACAAAUGUGUAAAAGCUUCCGCACUUUUUUUUCUUUUUGGGGGGAUAGCCAGCGCCAUGAACGCACCAAUGGAGGAGGAUGGCGAGUCGGGCUCCGGCGGAGCCGAAAAAAAGGUUCGGUUCUCUUCCUCCAAUCACGUUGCGCCCCCGGCCAGGGAAGUGGAGACGAACGUCGACGAUCCUUCCGACCUUGAGGACGUCUCCUCCGAAAGAGUGAAGAUCAGAAGCCAGGCCGAAGUGAUCAUGUCGAAUCUUGGCUCCGGGCUCGACAUGCACGAAGAGCAUAAGCAGUUGGAAGAUGUCAUGACGAGGAGGUCGCGUAAAUCUUCCACCGGGUCGGGUGCCGAUGGUAAUGAUUUUCGGGAGGACAGAAGCGUUCGUUCCCGGAGCCAAAUCUUGGACCCCACAACUCCGGGGUCGCGACUGAACAACCGAUCUGGUCGUGGCAUGGGCAGCUCUACCUCCUCAGGCGGUGGCUCGGGGGGGGAAAUGAGGGGUCCCGGUUCAACAUCGGGAGAAAGACCGCCCUCGAGGACGCCGAGCAAAAACAAGGCCGAUUCAAUCAUCCGCGAUAAUUCCUCGUCGGUUCGGGGCAGUUCGAAAUUCAUGGAGGGUGAGGAUCCGACGGUUCUUGCAGCUGGACAGCACAACAAGCAGGGCCGGUCGAUGCGCGGCUCGUCGAUGUCAUCAACAAGGAUGGAAUCCAUCCGUGAAAACGAGGACGACGAGGAUUUUAAUGUCGAAUCAAGCGCGGCGAAGAUGAGAACAAACAACCGUAACGUCGAGGACGACCUGCACCCGACCUCCGUCGAGCAGCGCGAGGCGCAGCGGCAGCAGCGCAAGCGGGACUUCGCGCUCGGGGGGCUGGUGGGGUUGGACAUUGGCCAGGCACUGGAGAACGUGCGGCACUGUUUCCAAGAAAACCGGGAAAUUCUCUACGGCGACCUGAUGUCGAAACCGAAAGAGAACGAUCUGGAGAUGGAAAACAGCAACAACGAUCCGACGAAACGGCGCGCGGAGAGACGCUUUCUGAACGAGCUGGAGGGCUUGAGAGUCGCGUGUUCCGGAUUCGUCGCGACCUUUGUGGACUCCGACGAGCACGUUCAGGGGCUGAACUUUCUGAAAAACACCACGACGCUGCAAGAAAUUGUUUGGACGUUGGAGCACGCAACCUGUUUCACCGAGGGCGACGCGAAGCGGGAAGACAGGUUGCGGAUGCUACACGACCGCGUCAAGUUGCUGGAACGGCGGGCGGGAAUGCUGAAAACGGUGCAUUUUUGA